GAACGAUGCCGGCAGAGCAACUACUAUCAGCUCAAAGAACGAUGCCGGCAGAGCAACUACUAUCAGGUCAAAGAACGAUACCUGCAGAACAACUUCUAUCAGCUCAAAGAACAAUACCAGCAGAACAACUAAUAUCAGCUCAAAGAACGAUACCGACAGAGCAACUACUAUCAGCUCACAGAACGAUACCGGCAGAGCAACUACUAUCUUCUCAAAAACAGCUACCAACUGAACAACUACAAUCAGCUCAAAGACAAUUACAAACUGAAAAACUGAUAUCAACCCAAAAACAGUUACCAACUGAACAACUGAUAUCAACUCAAAAACAUCUACCAAAUGAACAACUUCUAUCAGCUCAAAAACAGUUACCAACACAACAACAUUCUAUUCGCCCAGGAAAUGCUCAGAUAGACAAAGACCAGUCCGUUCUAUCAGAAUCUCAAACUACAUACUCUGGGCUCAGCGCAGAAGAAAGAACCCCUGGUCGUUCUUCAGUUGGCGACACUCUUAGUAAAGAGCAGAAGAUCAAUUCUAAUGUUUAUUUUAACGCUACCGACUCGAGAGAUUCGAAAUCGUUGCGACAAGAAAAUAAAGCGAUAAACUCGCCGACUAAAUCGUUGCGACAAGAAAAUGAAGCGACAAAGUCGCAGACUAAAUCGUUGCGACAAGAAAAUGAAGCGACAAAGUCGCAGACUAAAUCGUUGCCACAAGAAAAUGAAGCGACAAACUCGCAGACUAAAUCGUUGCGACAAGAAAAUCAGGCGACAAAUUUGCUGACUAAAUUGUUGCCACUAGAAAAUGAAGCGACAAACUGGCAGCUUUACGGUGGUGAAAAUAACUUGUCCAGCGAAACGUUUCAUCAAGUCGCUAACGCUACGCAUGACCUCGGAAAAGAAAUGCGAUUUUCUGAUCUCGCGAUAGAGAGAAAUGGUGUAGGGAGUUCGCCUGGGCCAGCAGUGCAGCUUACAGCACAACCUUUUUCUGUAUCGCCAGACCAAAGAAAUCUGACAUCUGUGGACCUACCACAAGAGCAAGCUAAACUAAAGCAAGCAAACUUGACUUAUAGAUGGUCACAGUCCAAACAGAGCGACCUAACACAUGCAACGUCCAAAUCGAAACAAACGCCCAUGCAACAAGAGCCUUCAAUGCAAAAGACCAUGUACCAAGAGCAGUCAUUUCAAAAGCUCAUGCAACAGGAGCCGUCAAUGCAAAAGCCCAUGCAACAAGAGCCGUCAGGGCAAAAGCCCAUGCAAAAAGGGUCUUCAAUGCAAAAACCCAUGCUACAAGAGCCUUCAAUGGAAAAGUCCAUGCAACAAGAGCCGUCAUUGCAAAAGCCCAUGCUUUCGGAACAGUCACUGCCACAACAGAAGUAUAUACCACCCGAACAGUCACUGCCACAACAGAAAUAUAUACCACCCGAACAGUCACCGACCAAUCAGAAUGAUGUAUCUCCAGAACAGCUUAAGUCAACUCAGUUUCUUCCUAAAGGUCAAGCGCAGUCAAAACAGAUACUCACACCAGCAGAACAGUCACAAUUGAAAGAGCAAUUUCUUAAAAGCGAACAAUUAGUAUCAAAACGAAAUCGUCAACUAUCAAAAUUAGAACUGUCAGAAUCGAACCAAAAAAUUCUUCCAUCAGAACAAGUUCAACUGAAGGAAUCAGAACAGUUUAUACAUCAGCAAAAUGUUCUGCCUAUUUAUCAGACGCUGCCUCAACAACAACUACCAGAGUCUAAGCAGCAAAACUUACAGGCAGAUCUUAAUUCAAAGUCGCAAUUUAUUCCAUCAGAACAGCUUCAAUCAAAACAGCAAUUUAUUCCAUCAGAACAGCUUCAGUCAGAACAGCAAUUUAUUCCAUCAGACCAGCUUCAAUCAAAACAUCAAUUUAUUACGUCAGAGCAGCUUCAAUCGAAACAGCAAUUUAUUCCAACAGAGCGACGUCAGGUUAAUCGAGAAGAACAGCUGCAUUCAAAGAAGCAAUUUAUUCCAUCAGAACAGCUCCAAUCAUCAAAACAGCAAUUUAUUCCGUCAGAACAGCUCCAAUCAUCAAAACAGCAAUUUAUUCCAUCAGAACAGCUCCAAUCAUCAAAACAGCAAUUUAUUCCAUCAGAACAGCUCCAAUCAUCAAAACAGCAAUUUAUUCCGUCAGAGCAGCUUCAAUCAAAACAGCAAUUUAUUCCAACAGAGAAGCCCCCAUCGAAACAGCAAUUUAUGCCAACAGAGCAGUUGCAAUCAAAACAGCAAUUUAUUCCACCAGAGAAGCUUCAAUCAAAACAGCAACUUAUUCCACCUGAUCAGCGUCAGUUUAAUCGAGAAGAACAGCUCCAAUCAAAACAGAAAUUUAUUCCAUCAGAGAAGCUCCAAUCUAAACAGCAAUUUAUUCCAACAGAGCAGCUCCAAUCAAAACUGCAAUUUAUUCCACCAGAGAAACUCGUAUCAAAACAUCAAUUUAAUCCAACAGAACAGCUUUAUUUAAAUCAACAGUUAUCACCGGAGAUGGCUCAAUUAAAUCACCAAAACGUUCGAUCUGAUCAAUCCCAGCGUAUUAUUUCAUCAGAACAGAUUCAAUCAAAUCAAAAACAUCUCAUACCAUCGGAACUUCAUUCGUCUGAAUCUGCACAAUCAACAAAAGCACAAAACCAACCCAGACUUGCCCAUCAGCUUACUGACGAACAAAAACAACCCAGACUUGCCCAUCAGCUUACUGACGAACAAAAUCAACCCAGACUUGCCCAUCAGCCUACUGAAGAAUCUAGCCUCAAAGUCAGGACACAAUUCAAUGUCGGCAAACCAAAUUCAUCGAUGAAAGUCAGUUUAAAACCAAGCUUUAACCCAACGGCUCUAAGUAACACAUCCAGAGUAGAAGAACUGCGUACCUUACCUUCAAAGGAUAACAUUCAUUUAGACAAUGAGAGGACCUCUAGAGAUUUAGAGAAGAACAUGAGAAGCCAUUCUAAAACCCCAGACGAUACAAAUAAACCUAGUGUUUUUUCUAAUGAUACUUUCGAAGUCAACAAAGCGUUUCCCUUACUAGAUAGUAAGGCCGAGGCCGGCAAGACAAUAGGAGGCUUGUUGGGUUCAAAAGACCAACUGGUUUCUAAGAAAACGUCUUCCACGCUUGACAGGACACAAGCUUCUGCCAACGUUACCAGAGCAACGGCAAAUAACAUUCCCAUAGUUCAAGUCACACUGACGGACGAUCAAAUAAUGGGAGGGAAUAAAUCUAUAGCUACAGACAACAAAGUGCCACUUAAUGUUUCUUUUAAUCCGAUGUCAAAAUUAGAAGUCACUGACAUUAAAGAACACAAUAGCUCCCUUCUGCUAAGUAAGGGAGAGAAGCGGGCACGCGAUCCCAAGUAUCGCAUCCCACCAGGAGCCGAGGAGUGGUACCGAAAUAACCGACUGCUGUCUAUGGAAAUUGUCUUAGGCCCACAGCCAGUAUUUGAUUUGAAGCCACCAGCAAGCGGCCAUCGCAAGUCACUGGAUAGCGUGAAAACCAACAAACUUCUCACUUCGAACAAGGAAGCCUUAACGUCCAACUUGAAAGGCAAAAUAUCUCUAACUAAAAACAAUACCACAGUUGUGACGAAUGGGAAAGCCAAUAAAUCUUUCCCAAAAUCAACUCUCCCCAAAGAAGCUAUAAUAGAAAGUGCCAGAAAUAGCAUUGAGUCAGAUUUACCGUUUAACGUUUUUGUAGACAACAAAACAAAAUUCACCAGUGACAGAGUAAGAAAUUCCACUUCCAGUGUUAAACCUAUUUAUAGAGAAGAUAAUCUAAAACAAGACACGCCGGACAAAACAAAGACAGCUAUUUACAACAUUUUUGGGCGCAGAAAAAGCUUUAACACUCCUGACGUCAAAAAAAUUCCAGCAGACGAUCCGAAAUACUCCUCCGUUAACGUGGUCCCGAAAAAUCAACCAAUCGAAAGGAAGCCUCAGAAAAUGCGGAAGAAUGCUGCUUCCAAAUACUCCGAGCAAACAAGGUCGAAAAGUAAUAUGUCCCCGUUACUGAAAAUUCUACAAAAUAGUUCCAAGCCAUUCUUGAAGUCCGACGAGGAGAGUGAUGCACUGUUCAAUCAGGACAUGACAACUACAUUAAAGACAUUCAGAAGAAAAGGAAAGCCAGGAAAGGAUCGGAGUGAAGACAAUAUCAUCGAUAACCUUCAGGAAUCAAAUAAAAACGCUUUAUCCAAUUCUCCUUCUACCAGUUCAGACAACUCUCGUGAAAAUAGACAAUAUGUGUCAACCUAUUUGUCAGAAAAGAGCGAGAAUCUAGAUACAAGUAUAAACACAGAACUAAGCUGUAAGUCAGGUGAUCACGGGCAACCAAUCGGAGCUUCAUCUUAUCAAAAUUCUGGGUCUGAAAAAGCUCAAGCACAUCUAUCGGGCGUGAUAGAAGAAGAUAAAUCUAAAGUAAUCAGGGGACAUCACGGUGAUUACAAUAGCUUGAACAGUAAAAAUACGGUUAUUUCUCUUGAGCUCCCUACCACUUUCAAUGAAAUGCAUAGUCGCACUGACGAAGAUGCAGGUUUUUCUAAUGACUCAGUUUCAGUUAAAGCGAAACUCGAUCCGUAUCUUAAUCCUGGGUCACUCGUAUCUCCUAACACCGGAACUUUAGGGUAUGGUGAGCAAUUAAAUGUCGCUUUCGAAUCGUCUGUUGAUCCAGAAAUUACGCAACACCCGAAAAUUGACGCCGUUAAAGUACAAAGUGCAACAAAAAAUCUGUUCUCAACGCCUGUUCAAGAUAUCAUCAAAGUUUAUGGGUCUUCUGUCGAUCUAGACCAUUUACCUGAGAAUGACAUCGCCAGUGCAAUGGAUGCAUUGGAUCUCAACAAACAACUGCUUCCGACUGUUACAGCAAAGUCUGGAGAAACGAAUGAAAAAGACAGAUCAACUAUUGUUAUUGACAGUCGUCUAAAUGAGAAGCACAGCCCUACCGUGGCGUUAGAAACAAACCAAAAGGGCGAUAACCUGUCUCCCAAUGACGUCUUCGAUGCGCGCUCUUCAGAAACGUCACACAAACCCAUCUAUUUAACAGACAGCAUUGGAGCCAAGCUAUUUAUGGAAAUACCUCAGAGAGAUGAGCUUUAUGCCGAAAUGAUAGACUUAAAAGGCGAGUGGACUCAAGAAACUAGUUCUAUAGAAAGUCUGGAAAUAGCUGCAGCGCUGGCGUCAUCAACGGAUGAAAUUUUUCCAGUACAACCGGAAACAGUCGAAGAGAACCGUCUGACCGAGCAGCAGCGUGCGCACCAGCCUUACUUAAAAUCCCGGGACAAUGGAGGAUCCUGGUUUAAAAAUAAUGAUGAUUCAGGAAUCGGAUCUUUGAAGUCACCAAUAUUCAAGCAGGACCGCCAGCGAGAGGAAAUGAGAAAAAGACCAAAGUUGGCACCACAAUUGCCAACUUUCAGUUCGUUCAUUGAUAAAAGGAAAUGGGGAAAUAGUUCCUUUGGACAGAGGAAGAAAAAGGAACCGCCCAAAGCAAAGCCACGAGUUGUGUCCGAGUGUUUCUACUAUAGUGACCUGAAUAUGAUGCAACUGACACUGAAGCCCGUCAACUGGCCAACCAAGAGUCACGAAAGUCCUGGCGAUCUGUCCACUCAUGCAAUUAAUAUAAAUUUUCAUACAUCGCCCAUGAAGAAACCUUCCAGCACUCUGAUCUACAGCCGAGCUAGAAGCCAGUCCAUGAAAAGAUCAGUGAAUGUGUAAUUUUAACAGAUACCCAAGAUCUCGAAUUAAUUUAAACCCAGAUUCAAUGUGAUUUCUUUAUUAUGAACAGUAAACAUUAAAUUAUGAAAUGAUUUA